AUAUGUUGUGAAAACUAAAUUGUAUACACAACGUUCAAAGAGCAUCAUAUUGUUGAAAUAACAACAUCUACAUUACAAAAUAAUAUAUAAUUUAGUAAUAUAUAAUAUAACUUAUAAAAUUUAUAUAUAAUAUAUUAUUUGAAUUAUUAAAAUGAGCCUUCCACCGGCUUUAUUGCAGCGCUUAGCACAACGUGGGCUAGUGCAGAAACAAAAAGAGAAGAAAACCCGAGAAACAGCACCUCAACCUACAACAGAAGAAGUAAUUGCCGAAGAUUACGAUGAAAUGGAAACGGAUGAUCAAAAUGGUGAAGAAUAUCAAUGUCCAUCGCAUUAUGAAAAUACUGACACGACACGCAAACGUACCGAGGAUAAUUUCUGGUUAGAGCGCAUGAAGGCACGUAUGGGAGAAACCGUUUCUGUGGCAGGCUAUAAAGGUUGUCCAAAUAAAUACAAUAUUUGGCAUAAAUGCACACUUUAUUGCGUAAAUCGUUGGGCUGACGGUAAAACCGAGCCUAGUCGCGAUUAUAUGCGACGUUACAAACGUUUAUUACGUAAAUAUCCGUUACCAAAAGGUUGGAUGGAAAUGUAUGAUCCAGGUUGUGGUUGUUACUACUUCUACAAUACCGUAGAUAGCUUAGUCUCUUGGUUACCACCAACGCAUCCCAAAUCACAAAUAACAAAAAGUGCUGCUGUCUUACGUCGACAACUCGAGGAGUCUGCUGGUGUUGGUGGUAGCGAUGGCGAAGAAAAAGAGUCCGACGAAGAAAGUAGUGAUGAGAGUAGUAGUGCGCGUCAUCAACGUGAAAUUGAUGAGAUUAUUAGUUCUUCAAUGCGACCACGUUCACCACCAGCUAUGAUGUCUUCACCAGAUUAUGCGUCCUUACAAGAAACUGUUAAUGGUAACAAUAUGAAUCCAAAUCGUAAGCAAAAGUCACGUGACCUAGAGCGUACAAUUUCACGUAAAAGGCGUGAUAGAGAAAAAGACCAUGGUUAUGAACGUAAUUCAAGCAGUUCUAGCGGGCGACGACGUGAACGCGAUGAAUCUGAUACUGUUGAUCCCAUGGAUCCAAGUGCAUAUUCAGAUACUCCACGUGGUAAAUGGUCUGAUGGUUUACAAACAGCAAACGAAGAACGUAAAAAAUCAAACGGAGGUGAGGAACGUCAACGCAGUAACAAGCGUGACAAACGUGAUAAGCAUUCUGACAGUGAAGAUGAUGAUUAAGAGAGGGACAUUAAACUGAUAACCGCUCUGCAACUAUUAAAAAAGAACAAUUUAACAUAACAACAUUGAAAAUAUAUUAAUUUUUUUUUGCUUCAUGUUAUCAUAUAUAACAUGAAGCAUCAAAUUACAAUUUAAUUCAAAUCACAAUUACAAUUUAAUUAAUUAAUUAAAAUAAUUUC